AAGGGGCUGCGCCGGGCCGGCCGCGUGCCGACCUCCCGCGCGGUUCUGGGCCCGGGAGCCGGCGAGAGCCCCCGGGCUGUCCCCAGCAGGACGUCUUUCCUUUGGCGGAGUUUUCUGCUGUCUGCGCCGAGAGGGCCGUCGUGACUUAGGCGCGGGUCCAGCCGCAGAGCGCGGCGGGCGCAGAGCCCUCCUUGUAAGCGCGGGGUGCUGCUCCUGCGCGGCGGCGCCGGGUCCCCGCCCGGCCACUGCCCUCCCGCCAGGGGAGGCCCCUGUCUGUCCCCCGCCGUCUGUCCCGUCUGUGCCAGGCUCGGGGCGCGCAGGCCUGGCCCCCGGAUGCUCUGCAGAGCGCCGGUUCGCUCCCCGUCGGCACCCGAGGAGCCUGGCGGCCUGCCGCCCGUCCUCCAGGCAGGGAGGCCGGCUGUGCGGGCCGGGAGAGCGCUCAAGGCCGCUGCCGGACUCGGGCACAGCCCUCCGCCCCACCUGCGCCCCGGCGCCCGCGGCCGGCCAGCCCCGACGGGAGAGGACGGGGCGCAGGAGAGCAGCGGCAACCGAACGGCGCCUCCCCGCAGGCGCGCCGGGUCUGCCCGGGCGGGGCACGAGGAGGCAGAAACCGCGCCCGGCCGGCCCUGGGGCCCAGGAUCUGGGGAAACCGCGUGGCUGAGAGCCCCAGAGGGUUUGGCGCGGACGACCCGAAAGAGGGCGCCGCGGAGCCCGGCCCCGCCCCCGCCCGCCCCUUCCCCGGUCCCCGCCCGUCCCGCGCGCUCGCCCCGCUCCUGGCCGCCCGGCGCCGCGCAGCUCCGCAGGCACUUAGGACCCAGUGCGGCAGGAAUGGCAAGUGUGGAGCAGCACGAGGGCACCGUCCAGGUGCAGGGCCAGGGCCUGUUCUUCCGAGAGGCACGGCCUGGCGGCGGGCAGACGGCUCGUUUCUCUGUGCUGCUGUUGCACGGCAUCCACUUCUCUUCUGAGACCUGGCAGACCCUGGGUACACUGCACAGGCUGGCCCAGGCUGGCUACCGGGCUGUGGCCAUUGACCUGCCAGGUCUGGGGCGUUCUAAGGAGGUGCCAGCCCCUGCCCCUGUGGGGGAGUUGGCCCCUGGCAGUUUCCUGGCAGCUGUGGUGGAGGCCUUGCAGCUGGGCCCCCCGGUUGUGAUCAGUCCGUCGCUCAGUGGCAUGUACUCCCUGCCCUUCCUCACGGCCCCUGGCUCCCAGCUCCGGGCUUAUGUGCCUGUGGCCCCCAUCUGCACUGACAGAAUCAGUGCUGCCGACUAUGCUGGUGUGCAGACUCCAGCUUUGAUUGUAUAUGGCAGCCAGGACCCCAUGGGUCACACCAGCUUUGAGCACCUGAAGCAGAUCCCCAACCACCGGGUGCUCGUCCUGGAGGGGGCAGGGCACCCCUGCUACCUGGACAAACCUGAGGAGUGGCACAGGGGACUGCUUGACUUCUUACAGGGCCUGGCAUGAGCCUAGCCCUGCAGAUGGAGGGGUGGCCCCGUGCCUGCCUUAGGAUCCCUCUCCCUGCUCGGUGGGUCUGGCUAGCCAUGCGUUUCUAACAGGUGUGUCUGCCUGUCUGUCUGUCUGUCUUUUCUACUUCUUUCACUUGCAGCGAUGAGGUAAAAUCAAGAGGAAAAAUUCAGAAAUCAAUGGAUGUAUUCUGACAGAGGGUAAUCCAGGAGCUUCUCCUACUGGCAGUCCUUCCUUCCUCUGCUCUGCUCUGCAGGCCAGUCACCCCCUCCUCGUUCCCCUGCCCCUCUGAGACCACAGUUACACGCAUGCCCACACAUACUCACACACGACAGCAUCUGUGAUCCCAGGCACAUCCCUUCACUUGGGAGCACCUGACUGGGUCCUUGUGCCCCACUGCAUCUUCCCAGGCACUCUGGGCGCACACGCGCAGGGCCUGCACAGGUACAAGUGGAUUUCAAACUGUGCAGCUCCGCAUUGCCUGGGAAGGUGGGAGCUCACCGGCCAACCUCGUGCCAGGCGUGGGGAGUGGCCAAGCCUAGACUCCACCCAUUCGCCCCCUGGUUACUAGGCUGCAGCCCAGAAUCGCGCCCCGCAAAAACUCCCUGCUCUUUCCUCUGCUUCUGGGGUCUCCCCCUUGAGCCCCACCCGUUGUCAGGCUUGGGUCUUCUCCGCCAAGCUUGUUUUCCGCGCUGGGGUUUAAGGAGGCAGACUGGAGACCGGUGAAAUAAAGCGAUGCAAUUAGA